CUUUUGAUUGUUUGUAUCGGCGUCGGUUCGAAAAUUUUUCUGCAAUUAACUGUCGUGUGUGUGGAACAAUUGUCAAUUGCUGUUGUCUUUGUUGAACAAAUUAAAAGAGAUCUUAAUUUAACGGCCCACAAGUAUUGUAACACAAAUGUUAAGCAAAAUGGCUCAGCCGAACAAUGUUGGAGGCGGAGCCGGUUCAGGCUCAGGACGUCGUCUUCCCCUCUCGCUGAGCGGUGGCAGCCAGGUGUCCCGACUGCAGCAAUCGUCAACUGGAAGCAACGGCCGUUCAAACAGUCCCCAGAAUGGCAACAACAAAAAGAUUACAGAAUCUCUUAUUCCACUGAAAAAGACAACACAGCAGCGAAGCUCCUCCACAAGCUCCUCCGCCUCCUCGGCCAGCGUCAAAGAAGAGGACAAGAAGAGCCAGAAUGGUGCCACAAAAUCCACUAAUGGCAAGGAGAAACCGCCACAGAAUGGCAGCUCAGUCGCUAGCAAAGAUCAAAAGGAGCAAAAAUCAAAGGACAAGGCUUCCGAAAAGAAGGAGAAGGAGAUUGUUGUAGCUGAGAAGCAGCAGGAGGUGGUAGUGGUAAAUAAGGAAAUCGUCGAACAGAAAGAAACCCUAUCGGAAGCAAAGAAGGAAGCUACAACCGAAGCUGCCUCAGCCACUGCUCAACAAGCUCCUGAAGUUGUUUUGGAUGAUAAUGUCGUUGUAGAGCCUACCACUCCCUCAAAGGAUCGGAAGUCCACACGAAAGGCCGGUCAGCAGAAGUCGCCGGUUACCAAGGUGACCCCAUCAUCGUCACCGGCUAGCAAGGUGACCCCCUCAUCGUCUCCGGCACAGGUGAAAAAAACUGAAGUUAAGGAAGUUUUGCCACCACCGGAACCACAGGAGGAUGUGGAGAUGGAGCCACUGACUGUAGAUGCUUCACCCAUACGCAGUGCCAGCGGUAAUCUGAAUGCCCUGCCGGCGGCCACUUCCACACCGGGACGCAGCCUCUUCGGUUUCCGCAGCACCAGCAAGCAAAGCACCGAGGUGGAGCUAGCCACCCAGACCUCCAGCUCGCCGGCCGGGACUCCGGCCCGCAAUUUUGCCCAGAUUACCGGCAGGCGCAGCAUACGACCAAUCAACACGCUGACACCCUCCAAAGUGGGCAGCUACAGGUGUACCACCAGUGACCUGGAUACUUCAAGCUGCACGAACGCCAGCAUGAAUGCCACCGUGGGCUCGGAGAUACCCAACAGCUCAUCGUUUUCAUUCUCGUUCUUUGGACGUGGACGCAAGCGUGAACGCACUCCCCCGGCAGUUUCGGGAUCUCAGUCGACCAAUAAUUUGGCCCAGGAUGUGGAAAUGUCGCCGCCGAAACGGGCCCGCUUCGAGAUGUUCAGCCUUCGAAACCUGGCUUCGCCCUUCAGCUUGCUGAGCUCGAAAUUCUCUAAGGCGACGAUUGCCACUCCGACCCGCCUCCGCCUGGAGCAGACUCCGCCCGGCGAUGACGAUGGCGAGGUGCAGAACGUAUCCCACAUCGUGGUCGAGGAGGACAAUCAGCUGAACUCAUCGUCAGUUAGCGUGCCAGAGGCUCAGGACGCUGAGCAGGCCAACAAGGACUUGACUGUUGGCCAGGAGGCCGGUCUGGAGACGCCGAAGAAGGGCGGCUCACCCGUUAAAGAAAUUCCCGCCGAGAAGGAUGUCGCCGAGGGCGUAGAUAUCGCUGAGCAGUCCGCAGAUGGCGAGAAUAUCCCACCACAGGAGGCGGUGGCCGAAGUCGAGGUCCGAUCCCGCUGCUCAAUAAUGUAAAGCAAACAAAUAUGAUAACCGGAACCCCCUUCCCCUAUAGUUGAUAAGCUUAUGUCUUCUUUACGUAACCGUACGCUGUCCUUUUUUUGUAAUUUGUGUUCAAACGUAAAAUUACAUGUUAAAAGAGAUGUGCUGCCGCGAAAAAUUUUUAAAGACAGACAGGCUAGAUUACAUUUUCUAUUAAGAAAAAGAAUUCUGCCACACCUGCGAUUCACCUAAUCAGAGCCUUGCAUUCCUUGCUGGAUGGCUGCCCCUAAGGGGUUUCCAAUCCCGCGCUGCCAUCCACCGACGAAUCGAGAGCUCUGCAGGCCAGCAAGUACCCACUGAAAUUGGGUACCAAAAACAAAGAAAAUAACACAAAAAAAAGAAAACACAUUUUUGUAGCCGUAAUCUGUGUAAGAAGUAAAAUGUUUUAUUUACCAUAACAUAUUUUUAUGGAAGUCUCAUCUUUUCGACAGGAGGAUAUACAUUUAAGUUACAAGAGAUACAUAUGCAAUAGGCUAUAUAUGAUUUAUAAAAAUGUAACGCGUAUUUUAUAAAUAAAGUGCAUUUUUGAACAA